GACACAGAGUUAAGAGGAGUCAACUCAACACACAGGACAGCAUAGACUCACGGACGCUUUGCUGGGCAAACACCCACCAUCCGCGUCUCUCUGCGCUGGGUCCUGCGCUGUCCAGGGCACCAUGGACCAAGGGAACACGACUCUCCCAUCAACCACUCAGGUGAGUUUCAGUCAGCCUCCAGCAGCAGUGAACACGGCUCACCUGGCCUCUGCAGUGUUGCUCUUCCCCACCUUCCUGGUGAGUGUGGUGGGGAACGGGCUGUAUCUGUGGGUGCUGGGACUGAAGAUGAGGAGGACAGUGACCACACUCUGGUUCCUCUCCCUGGUCUCCUGCUACUUCCUCUUCGCCCUGCUGACCCCCUUCUUCAUCGUCUACCUCCUCAUGGAUUUACACUGGGUCUUCGGCACAACCAUGUGCAAGCUCCUCUAUACCUUCAUCUCUGUGAGCAUGUUCACCUCUGCCUUCCUUCUCACCCUGAUCAGCCUGGAUCGCUACAUCCUCAUUCACCAUCCCAUCUGGUCCCGGAAUCACCGCACCGUGCCCCGUGCUGGGAAGCUGAUUGUGGGUCUGUGCCUGGCCUCCUUUAGUCUCAGCACUCCCUACCUGGCUUUUCGGGAGACCCAAGAGGUGGAUGGGGGCAGGAUCAUCUGCAUCAGUAAUUACACCCUCUCCAGAGACUGGAAUGGAGCCGAGAUAGGGGAACUGGGCAGACGGGUCCACCAGGCUUUCUUCAUGGUUGAGAUCCUGCUGGGCUUCCUGCUGCCCUUCUGCACCAUCAUGGGAUGCUAUGUCAGCGUUGGGCUGAAGAUGAGAGAGAAGAAGCUGGUGUGGGCAGGGAAGCCCUUCAAAGUCAUGGUGGUCGCGGUGGUUUCCUUUUUCUUUGGCUGGCUGCCCUACCACCUCUACUAUGGCUUGAAGCUCUACAAGGAGGAAACAGAGUUAGUGAGAGGCCGCCUCUUGAUCAUUUACAUCUUGUCAUGCAGCUUCAACACCUGCUUCACCCCCAUCCUCUAUCUCUUUAUGGGGGAGAAGUUCUGGCAGGUCUUCAGGACGUCUCUUCUCACUCUAGUCAAGGCGGCUUUUGCUGACGAUCUUGGCAUCAGAGACCCCGAGUCUACUGGAAGACAUGGGUCAGAAGCUGAGAACACAAAGCAAAGUGGUCAGACUUAGGGAGAGUUGAAAACUUGACAUUCUCUUUGUCCCUAGAUUCCUGAUGGUUCUAAAUCCUAAUGGGUUCCAAGUAUCUAACUGUUCAUAAACCCUGUAAUGUCCUUGGAGUCUAGAUUCCCUCCUCUCUCUAGAAUCCCAUGCAUUCUAGGUCACUCAAUUUUUUCAAACUCAGUUUGUCAUCAAUGGCACCAGAUCAGUAGCCAGCCUCAGAAUCUUGUUUGUUUUAGAUCUUUCAAUGUGUUCUCACCUAAUUGAUUUUCUUGGAUUCUGCAUCACUAGCUGGCUCUGGAAUCUCCUUUAUUGUAAGCCUUUUAAUGUGUUCAAACUCAAAGUCUAUGAGUUCUAGAUUCCCAACUGGAUCUAGGACAUCACUGGAUUCUAGACUGCUUUCAAACCCCAUAGAAUCCAACAGGUUCCAGAUUGUUUGCUAAAAGUCUCAAUGGGGUUCUAGAUUUCCAAAUGGUUUACAAUCCAUUAGGUGUGAUAUAUUAUAUAAGGGUCUAGUAUCAGGGGGUAGCUGUGUUAGUCGAGAUCUGUAAAAGCAGCAAAGAGUCC